UUGUGUUUCAGCAGCCUCAUUUCGAGAGACCUUAGCUUCCUUUACGAAUUCAGCAUUUGCAUUAUCACCAUCAGGGUCGAUCCGUAGGCACCCUAAUAACCUCUUUAAUUUCAGGUUGCGCAAUACAAUCACCAUCAUUCAACGAAAUGUAAGUUUGAGAAACCAAAGAUUUUGAUUCAAACUUACGCUUACCCACAGCCCCAACUACCAUACGCCCUCUCGCUGAACCCUCUAAACACUUCACAAGCUCGUUGUCAGACCCCCAAACUAGCCAACGAACUCUCCCUAUCAGGAUGAGAACGUGGAUCAAGAGCAAAACUGGAAUUAGAUACACAUACUUUCUACGAUCGCAAAACUUCUUGGCAUUAAACGAUGCCGUCACUCACUUGUAUCCGAUGAUCCUAAUCUGUGACGGAAGAUUCGAAUUUAAGCGUUCAACCAGUCCAGGUGGGUUAAUGUAGAAGCGGCCCAAGACCACCUGUCCCACGGCGCUCACGAUCAGUACGAACUGAGCGAGCCCAGUCAUAACACUUGGGUUGCCACUGUCCUGUUCCGGGACGGUAGCAGAGUGAAAUAGAGCUUCUUCAGGUUACCUUCGAUAGUUUGGCUCCUGGAUUCUUCUCCAUUGCCCACGCCGCAGUACAGUGUGCGAAGAAUAUCGCACUUUGCGGCGCUUGUAUCUUUGCUUCUUGAUCGUCGUGUUAUCGCCGGGGGCGGUUGUGCCAGUUUCUUCAUCGUCGGACGUCGUGGUGCACAUUUUAGGCUUUUUAUGCUCUGGUUCUUGUUGCAGUGGUGGGGAUGUGGUGGUUUUUUUGAAUCUGAAUUUCCAUCUUCAGUGCUUAAAAUCCGAGUUUUCCAUUAAUUUUUCUCAAAUGUCUAUACCCCAGCAAAACUAAUUGCCUUUUGGCGGCAAAGGAAAGGUUUUUGAAAAGCGGGUACUUCUUUUUCUCCCUCUCUUCUCUCUCUCUCUCUCUCUCUCUCUCUCUCUCUGGCCAACUAAAGGAGAAAUUCUCGUGAAACUGGUCCCGGUCCCGGUCCCGAUCCCGGCCCCGGGACACAAAUGACCACCACUGAAGUCUAUAUCUCCACCGGCCAAAACACAGUCCCACGCAAUCGCUUGAUUGCUAAGCUUUGCAGUUAUGGUGAUACUAAACCACAUAAAUCUACAUAGUUCUUCGCAACUCAAACCGCACGUGUACUAGCUUGGAGCCUUUACUUUCCAAUCUUAGCUGUCGGGUGUGAUUAUUGGGAGAUCCUAACCCCGAAUUGGCUGAUUUGAACGAUCUGCUUCUGUCAACCGUUGAAACAUGAAUAAUCUAUCGCCUAUUCUCCAAUUUCAAAAAGCUAUUCCCUUUUUCAAAAUUCCCUAUUUUCCAUCUCUUUCUCCUUUGCAGUCUGUAAUAUUCUGUACCGAAGGCUGCUAUUGCGCAAUCGAAUCCUUUCCUCGCACAAAUUCAUGUCCUCUUUAAGCUUUUUCAAAUUUAUGGAGGCAACUGCGUGAUUCUAAUUGAAUGGACUUUGCAUAAUUCUCCAACCUUUUCUUUUCUUUCUAUUUAAAGGCCAAAGGGCGCAAGAACGAGCCCACGCUGCGAUCACUACCUUCUUAGCUUUGAUAUUUCUUUCGUGUCCAAACAUAUACGAUCCAGCGUCAAAUCGGCAGCCACCAAUUGAUUUGAAAUGGGCUUUGCUGAAAAUAACCAGCAGACUGAUAUUGGUGCAGCUGUGCGCAAUGGAAGAGAAAUACUUUUGCAGGCUUAUAACUGGGAAUCUCACAAGUAUGACUGGUGGAGAAAUUUAGAAAGGAAAGUUCCUGAUAUUGCAAAAUCUGGGUUUACUUCAGCAUGGUUGCCGCCUCCUACUCAGUCCUUCUCACCUGAAGGUUACCUUCCCCAGAACCUUUAUUCUCUAAACUCUUCAUAUGGUUCUGAGCACCUGCUGAGGGCUUUAGUUCAAAAAAUGAAGCAGCAUAAAGUCAGAGCAAUGGCAGACAUUGUUAUCAAUCACCGUGUUGGGACUACACAAGGGCAUGGAGGAAUGUAUAACCGUUAUGAUGGGAUUCCAUUAUCAUGGGAUGAACGUGCUGUUACAUCUUGUACUGGUGGACUGGGUAACCGCAGCACUGGGGACAACUUCCACGGGGUUCCAAACAUUGAUCAUAGCCAACAUUUUGUUCGAAAAGAUAUUACAGCAUGGCUGCAGUGGCUUCGUAAUUAUGUUGGCUUCCAAGAUUUCCGUUUUGACUUUGCGAGAGGUUACUCGCCCAAAUAUGUGAAAGAAUACAUUGAAGGGGCGAAACCAAUAUUUUCUGUUGGGGAGUACUGGGAUUCUUGUAACUACAGUGGCUUUUAUUUAGAAUACAACCAAGAUAGCCACAGACAACGGAUUAUCAAUUGGAUUGAUGGCACAGGGCAGCUCUCAACUGCAUUUGACUUCACUACUAAGGGAAUUCUUCAGGAAGCUGUUAAGGGACAAUUCUGGCGUCUGCGUGACUCUCAGGGGAAGCCACCAGGUGUAGUUGGAUGGUGGCCUUCAAGGGCUGUGACAUUCAUCGAUAACCAUGAUACAGGCUCAACGCAGGGCCAUUGGCCUUUCCCUUCAAAUCAUAUUAUGGAGGGUUAUGCAUACAUACUCACACAUCCUGGAAUUCCAACAGUCUUCUAUGACCAUUUUUUUGACUGGGGAAACUCCAUUCAUGACCAAAUUGUGAAACUGAUUGACAUUAGAAAAAGCCAAGACAUCCAUAGUCGAUCAUCUAUCAGGAUUCUUGAAGCCCAGCCAAACCUCUAUUCCGCAAUUAUAGGGGAGAAAGUAUGCAUGAAAAUUGGGGAUGGUUCCUGGUGCCCAGCUGGCAGGGAAUGGACACUGGCAACCUCCGGCCAUAGAUAUGCUGUGUGGCAAAAUUGAUCCCCUUCAUAAUUGGUCCCCAGCGUUGCUAAUCUACUUCUGGGUAGUUUGGUAGAGGUCAUGCCCUACAGCUACAUACUAGGAUAGUAUAGCUAUUACACGAAUAAUUUUGCUCCAAGAUCACAAUCUUGUCUAUUUUUAUCACUAAAUCAAUGCUCCAUUGGCUUCCAUUUGAGGCUUACUUGGAAGUUUCAUGUUCCCUGCCAUUGAGGACAGGGUAGGGGGUUCAGUGUGAUCCUCCUGACUAGUGGAUAGUGGAUGUGAAAUGUGAUUUAAAGUUCUUGAAGAUUCAAAA